AUGCUGCCAGAGGAGGUAUCAGUUCUCGUUGUUGGGGGAGGCGGGAGCGGACUUUCGUCGUCGAUUUUCCUAUCUGAUCUCGGCGUGGAUUCACUCCUGGUUGAGCGUCGUGCUGGCACAUCACAUAUGCCUAAAGCUGGUGCCCACAACCAGCGCACAAUGGAAAUCUUCCGCCGUCACGGGAUAGCAGAUCAAAUCCAGGCCAUCGGUAUGCCUGCGGAAACUCGCAUUCGCACAACCUGGUUGACUUCACUCGGUGGGAACGACGUGCUCGACCGGCGAGAACUCUUCAGUCUCGAUGUUAAUGGGGAAGGUGUCUUCCGCGAAAUGUUCGAGCGGGACAGCCCUGAACUCUCUGCAGGUCUGGGUCAGUACCUCCUCGAGCCUCUCCUUCGAAAGAACGCAGAGGAGCGUAACCCAGGGAAGGUAUGCUUCGGAUUUGAGCUGCGCCAUUUGACCCAGAACGGUGACGGAGUGAUUGCGGAGAUACGUGAAGUCGCCACCGGCAAAGGCUAUAACGUUCGUGCACGUUACGUUAUUGCAGCUGACGGAGGCCGCACUGUUGGGCCAAUGCUGGGUGUCUCAAUGGUCGGGCAGACAGAUCUCGCUACCAUGACCAGCCUCUAUUUCCGCGCAGAUCUUUCGGAGUAUGUCAAGGAUGAUGUGGUUGUUCAUUGGCUGGUAGGACCGCGCUUUGGAUCCUGGACCGGUGGUGCUUUGGUGAAAGCCGGUCCGAAAAACUGGGACCGCCAUUCCGAGACGUACACCAUGCACAUUAUGAUUCCACCAGACGACCCCGAUGCUCAAAAUCUGACCAACGAGCGCGCGCUCGCCCGUGUUCGGGCACUUCUCAAUAUUCCCACACUGGACGCAGAGAUUCUCGGCGUCAGCCCAUGGCACAUUGAAUCAGUUCAAGUCGAAAAGAGCCGCGUAGGACGUGUCUUCUUGAUAGGCGACGCAGCGCAUCGCCAGCCACCCACAUCCGGACUUGGCCUACAGUCAGCAAUCCAGGAUUCAGACAAUCUGGUCUGGAAAAUCGCAGCUGUCGUCAAGGGCUGGGCGAGUGAAGCUAUUCUGGACACAUACGAAACUGAGCGAAGGCCGGUUAUCCAAGACAACAUCGAGUAUGCCCUCUUCGCGUUUCAGAACCAGUUCGCUUUUGAAGCCGGCAUCGGGUUGACUCACGCCAAAACACCAGAGCAACGCAAGGCCGUCUUUCUGAAAUACCUAGAGGACAGUCCGAUGGGCCGAACGCGUCGGGCAGUUGGGGCCGAAGUCUUUGGGACAGGAAGGAUGGAGCUAGACCCUCAUGAUCGUGAAAUAGGCUUUCAUUACGAGGAUGGACUUGUGAUUCCGGACGGAACUCCCGCCCCGCUGCGAGAUCCAAUGGGGAUCACCUAUGUUCCCACCACUCGCCCAGGACACCGUUUGCCACACGCCUGGCUGAACAACAGAGGCAAACGCCUUUCAACUCAUGAUCUCGGUGGCAUCGGCUGUUUCAUUGUGCUUGCGGGACCCGAUGGGAAAAAUUGGUGUGACGCCGCAGCGCGGUUAUCUGCCGACUUAGGUAUCCCCCUCGAGUCCUGCCGCAUCGCAGCUGGAGGGAACGUCGGCGAUCCAACACGAUCUUGGGCCAAGCUCAGUGAAAUCGGACCCGAUGGCGCGCUUCUUGUGCGACCCGAUCGCUACAUCGCAUCCCGUUUCAAGGUUGCUCUGGCAGACCCGUACAAGGCACUCAGUGACGCUCUCACAAGGCUUCUGAGCCCUUCACAAGUUCAUUGUAACGGCCAGAAGGCGUAA